AUGGCUUCAACUGCCAACAGUGCUCCCAGCAAUGGCAUCACGGGGGGCUACACAGGCCAUGAUCUGGGCCUGCAAAUCGCCAUGGGCACCUUCAUAGGCAUCGCCUGGUACAAUGCCAUCGAACUCAUUGCGCUGAUCUUCGUGACAUUUCGCAAUUAUCGCGGCCUAUACUUUUGGAGUUUGCUGAUAUCAUCUGCGUUUGGCGUGUUGCCGUACUCAGUCGGCUUUCUGAUGAAGUUUUUCCAGCUCACGUCGGCGACCUGGCUGUCCGUUACGCUGUUGACUGUGGGCUGGUAUACAAUGGUUACUGGUCAGUCGAUGGUGCUGUAUUCCAGACUUCAUCUGUUAAAUAGGAACCCCAAGGUCCUGAGGCCGGUGCUGUGUAUGAUUAUUGUUGAUGCCAUUAUCUUGCACAUUCCCACGACGGUAUUAACGUAUGGCUCGAAUUUUGCUAGUUCAAAUCAUCACUUUGUGGAAGGGUAUAAUGUCAUGGAGAAGAUUCAGAUGACGGGGUUCUGUCUGCAGGAGUUUGUCCUGUCGGGGAUCUAUAUUUACGAAACUAUUGUCUUGUUGAGAGCGAAUCCGGAGCAUGGAAGACGCAAGAUAAUGUAUCAGCUCAUUGCUAUCAACAUGAUCAUUAUUUUGAUGGACGUUGCUCUACUUGUGGUUGAAUACAAAAACAUCUAUGUGAUAGAAACCACACUCAAAGGUGCAAUUUACAGCAUCAAAUUGAAGCUUGAAUUUGCCGUGUUGGGACAAUUGAUUCGACUUGUGCGCACGCAUACUUGGAAACCCCAAUCAGCGAUACCCGGUGCUCGUGAUGGCCCUGUUGGACUGAAUAUCAUCAACGACGACGCUCUUCCUGACUUCGUCGAUGCGACUCGCGUCACUUCUGACCUGACGCAUGCAACCCCACCACCACGCACUAGCUCCCAUCAUCGCCCUUUUGAUGAUAUGGACGAUAUUUCCAUAGCCAUGUUUGAGCAUUCGACGUCGUUGCAGGAUCAAGACGAGAUGCGGGAAAUACGGCCACAGUCUACGAACUCGACUGGAAAGUCAUGGAGUGGAAAGACGAGAAUGAAUGGCAACACGAAUGGAGCAAAUCACCAGCCUCCAGAUUCGGAAACGGUGGAUUUUGCGGACGAAGCACAUACAACGCGUAGCAAUUCACAUGACCAGGGACGUUAUUUAUCGAUACGGCUGUCCAAUGGUCAUCAACCGGGUUGA